AUGUUUAUAAAUAUCGUUUCUACGGUCAACUUAUAUUGCAAGUUGGAUUUAAAGAAAAUUGCUCUUCAUGCCCGUAAUGCUGAAUAUAACCCGAAACGUUUUGCUGCUGUUAUAAUGCGUAUCCGAGAACCUCGAACAACUGCUUUAAUAUUUUCUUCUGGUAAAAUGGUAUGCACGGGUGCAAAGAGUGAAGAAGACUCAAGAUUAGCAGCAAGAAAGUAUGCCAGAAUUAUUCAGAAACUUGGAUUUCCUGCCAAAUUCCUCGAUUUUAAAAUACAGAAUAUGGUGGGAAGUUGUGAUGUUAAGUUUCCAAUUAGAUUAGAGGGGUUAGUACUGACCCAUAGUUCCUUUAGUUCAUAUGAGCCUGAACUAUUUCCAGGACUGAUUUAUCGUAUGGUGAAACCUAGAAUUGUACUGUUAAUUUUUGUAUCUGGCAAAGUGGUCUUAACUGGUGCUAAAGUGAGACAGGAGAUAUAUGAGGCUUUUGAUAAUAUUUAUCCUAUCCUAAAAAGUUUUAAAAAACAAUAAAUUUUUAAUAUGUAUAAUGCAGUAAAUUUGUUUACAUUUUAGUUUACUUUACUACCGAUUGUAUUAUUAAUACAAAUAAUAAUAUAGCAGAGAUUUUUUGGUAAGUUGCAGGGCUGGCAAAAAACAUUUAUAUUUAGUAUUUCAAAAUUGUUUUUACCAUAUUCAAAUUUGUAGAAUUGAAUAGUAUAAUUGAAUUUUGUAGAAUUCCAGACUCGGAAGUUUUAUCUAAAGCUUUUUUAAUAUUUGACAAAUAAAGACAGUGGACAUGUGCAGGGUGUAAAAAGAUGUUUGUGUGAUGUUAUCCACGGUUUCCCCAACGUCGGUUUAUGGCGUGCGGGAAAUCAUCUUUGGGAUGGAGGAGCUUAUAUCACCGAAUUGUGGCCGGAAAUUUAUAGUACAUUUUAUAUAA